CCUGAUAUUCAGAGAUGUUGAACACUUGCAACCCAAACUGAAGACAGUAGAGCUGCAGGUGCUAUUGUCUCUGAAAUCAACUCCAAGUAUUUAAUAGCUAAAAGAAAUGCAGCAGAAGCGAUGUUGCUACAGCUUGGUUAUAAAGCCUCCACCCCUCUUCAAGAUCAGACAGAAAAGCCAGGGGAAAACAAAGGCUGGAAUGGCCAAAAUGUUGGGUUUCCUGAGCCAACAAGUAACACACCAAAGGGAAUUCUCCAUCUCUCACCUGAUGUGUAUCAAGAGAUGGAAGCAAGCCACAACAAAGCAGCCCCUGGCACUACUGGAAGCUAUUUGUCAUUCAAAGAAAUGAGCCAGAUUUCUAGCUCUUUCUUCAGCAUAUCUGCUACUACUAAUAGUACAGCUACAAUUGCCAGGGAACUCCUUAUGAAUGGAACAUCCCCGACUGCAGAAGCCAUAGGUCUAAAAGGAAUAUCUCCUGCUUCCCCCUGUUCUGCAGUGCAGCCUUCAAAACUGCUGGAGUAUUUGGCAAGGAUUCAAGGCUUUCAGGUACACUACAGUGAUAGACAAAAUAGCAAAGAGUGUAUGACCUGUUUGACACUGUCUCCUGUGCAGAUGACUUUCCAUGGUAUUGGAAGCUCUAUUGAAGCCAGCCAUGACCAGGCAGCUUUAAGUGCCUUGAAACAGUUUUCAGAACAGGGACUGGAUCCAGUGGAAGGGGCUAUGAAGGUUGAAAAUGGAACACUUGAAAAACAAGUCAAGCAUCUGGGAGAGAAAGCAGACAAUAAACAGACUAACUCAGGCACCAUUGCUCAGGACUGCAAGGAUUCAAAGGCUGUCGUCUAGGAGCUUCCCAGCACCCACUGCCGCCACUGCAUCCUUAUAAACCUGUCAACACGCAAUAGGGUGUAUGUGUACGAUGAAAUGAAUGACUAAUACCAUUAUUUGAGUCUUAUGUGAAGACAACACUAUUCUAACACAAGAGAGAGUAUAAAUGUUACAAAAGAUACUUUUCUGAGAUAUGUACCAAAGCAAUUUUUGAAUCUAUGGGGAUAAGUUUAAAAAAUCUUUCUUUUAUACAUUAGAAAACUAGAUGGAGUUAAGAGAUUUAACAGCUGAAAUUUAAAUACUGUAAUAUAGUACUUGUGGUCUAGCAGCCUUAACCCAUAGCUUGGCCUGCUGAGAUCUUUUUUGUAGCUCAUUGGUUGCCACUUAGUUUCUAUAGAAUUUAAGAUCUUAUUUAAAAAAAAAAUUACUGUUUAGAAUGUCUUUCCAGGGGAAAAUCCCUGUGUGAGGAAAGGAAGUGGAGUUCUGACUCUGAUUUUCCUAAGAAUUGUCUUAUGAGGGGGAAGACAGAAUUUACUUUCCCAGGGAAUUGAUUGGGUUCAGUUCUCUAAACCUGCAGAUCGUGGGAGCUCUAUUGACGGCAACUACAUCAAUAUGGAGGCCUUUUGUCCCUCUGCACUCUACUGGGGCUGCCUAGGAAUGCUGCCCCUAGACACUGAUGGUUGUGGGUCACUGUUGGUCACUAUCUGAGGUUGUAUUAUUGGCUCAACAUUGUCUUUGUCAGUGAUACCCCAUCAGGUUUGAAGAGAUUGUGCCACAGAUACUUCAUCCAUUCCGCACAUGCAAGAAAGCUCUCUCUCCCCUUCCAUGGCCCUAUAAGGAAGAUACCCUGCUUUUGAAAGUGGAGGUGACUAUCCAGCCCAAACUUUCUAGCCCUUACAAAUAUGAAACUGUGCAACACUGUCUUUCUGAGCCUACAGAGAGGGAGCUUGAAACUAUAGCUCUGAAUAAUGGUAGAGAAACAAAUAAAACUAAACACUUGGAAAAUGUUGUGGAUCUACUGAAAACAAUAAUAUUCUGAUUCUUAUAUAACUAUACUUCAUACCUUGAUUACAGUGAAUGUCCAGAAUUCUUUUCCAGGUAUAACACCAAUUAUUAACCCUUUUAUUGCUGAACUGUAUUACUACUUACCAUUUUCACAAAAUUAUCCAGAUAUUGUAUUUACUCAAUAGGGUUGAAAAUCAUAGAAGUUACAUAUGGAAAGAACAUACUGGGUCUGUGGAGCACAAUCCAGGGUCCUCCUCUUCAAUAAAUUUAUUACAAAAGUAUUGACAAGAGUGGAUUGUGGGAUUAGGAGACGGGAGAUGGAUACAUGUGCUGGAUAGGGCAAGCUGAUCCAGAGUCUUCAGCUGCAGUUGGUCGAGGAAGUUGGUGGAAGGCACAUUAUGUGACU